UUUUCAAGAUUAUGUUAGAAAAAUAUCUCAUGGAGAUACCUUUUCUAGUCCAAAAUUUUGGAUCCCACAAAAUUGUCAUGAUGAUGAUCAAUGGCAAUUACGAAUGACACCAUUUGAAAUCAAACAUAAUUACAAUUUCAAUAACCCACCUGCAACUUGGAGACUUGACCAAUUUAUUUCAUUGAACGAAAUUUUUCCUGAUAUAUUGAAAGGAAUGAGAUAUUAUACGAAAAAAACCGAGAAAGCUUUUGAAGAUGAUGAUUUGGCGGAUAUCGAAUUUAAUUUUGGUUGUGAUAAACCCGUUAAGGCACAUAGUGUGAUUUUAGCGAUGGAGAGAAAUUUGAUGUAUGAGGGAUGUAAUGGAUGUUGUCUUCUUAUUAACAUUCAUAAUGAAACUCGUAAAUUAGCUGAAAUGAUGGGAUUAACGAAGUUAAAGUGCUUGAUUGCAAAGGAAAUGCCUAGAUCUUUGAAUAAAGGCAAUUGGGACAAAUUUUAUGGAUGGGAUGGAAAACUAACGAUAAAUUUUUAA